UUUGGCUGCGUGCUGGAAGGGAAAGAGGUAGGAGGGAGUAUGAAUUGUCUAACAGGAUCUGAGCUGAUGUGAGCUGCUAUCAGGAAACCAAAAAUGAAAGGAAUACAGGUCAGAGUCAACGACCUCCUGCGAUGCUUAUCGGUGUCCAAAACUGCUUCGCGUUUCUUUGAAAGACAGUUUCACACGCAGAUGCUCUCUCAAAACAAAGACUUGUCCACAGUAUCUCCAUCCAAGAGAGCAAGAACAGAAACAAAGCCUGAAGAUGAAAAAUACGUGCUUAGAUUUUCUAAACUUUCGGAUCUUGCAACAACACCUACACGAGGUUCUGCAAAAGCAGCAGGAUAUGAUCUCUACAGUGCUUAUGAUUACUCCAUUGGUCCCCUGGAUAAGGCGAUUGUGAAGACAGACAUCCAGAUUGCUGUUCCUCAUGGCUGUUACGGCAGAGUUGCACCAAGAUCUGGACUGGCAGCUAAACACUUCAUUGAUGUUGGUGCUGGUGUUGUAGAUGAAGAUUACCGGGGUAAUGUAGGAGUCGUGCUCUUCAACUUUGGCAAAGAAACAUUUGAAGUGAAAAAGGGCGACAGAGUUGCUCAGCUGGUGUGUGAGAAAAUCUGCUACCCAGAUCUGGUGGAGGAAGAGACUCUCGAUGAAACUGUUCGUGGUGCUGGAGGCUUUGGAUCUACUGGGCGCAACUGAGGGCUCCAUAAUGUUACUGUAUUAGCAAUAAGUUGUUCUUAUAUGGUAAUACAAUUAGGUGCUAAUAAAGUUCUUUUUUUAUACAGAAAAGACUACUUCUUAUUUUUACUCAUUUCAGUUUAUUGCAGUCGUAUUGUUUCAUUCAAUAGCCCUCCACAAAGCGAAAGUCUUUCAAACCUCCACAUGGGGGCAGUAGUAGACAAGAAUUCAAACUUGUGCUUCAAGUCACAUUCCUUUGCAAGUGCAGCGUUUCUCCAACAUGGGGUGAAAGUGUGAGAUACCUCAGUGUAUCACAUCCAGCUGUUUGACUUAAUCUGACUUACAAUGGCCAAAACAUUCCUCACUUCGAUCAAACAACUGCAGAGGAGGAGUGGUGUGGCUGUUGUAACUUCUUGUUAUUUUGACCUGGAUGAAAGAGGAGGAGGAGGAAAUAAAACCACAUGCAUACACAAAAAAAUAUGUUUUUAUUGUGUGGAUUUACAGCUAAACCCUCACUGAUGUGAACAGAGAACAGGCUGGUCUGUAACAAUGCAGCACUGAUUUUACUUGUGAGAGAACAUGUGGCCACAGCGACCUCAGUGCAUAAUCAUGAAGGCCCAGGUUUGGCAUCAUCAAAUGUGGUGUGUGUGUGUGUACUGCAUGUCUGUAUACACUGUUUACAAAGGAAGUAGUUGGUCAUUAUAAGCACCAUUAUGACCCCCUCUAAUCCAGGGGCUUCCUAUAGUUUACAAAUGCUUUAUAGAUUAAAAGUGGCACUGAUUAUUACAGUAUAAACACAAUUUACAUACACAGAAGAGAGCGGACAGACUUAGUUGUUGCAGCGGCAAUGACACGGAAUCUUCAGAAUGACCGUCGGGAUCGUAUU